CUAAUUUUUAAUUGGUAAAUACUAGUGUUGUCACAUAACGCGAGAUGUUGUCACCCUAUUUUGUCUACUAGAUAAUAGUUUUAAAGAGUUCUUGACUUGGUGGUACCAAAGAAGAAAAAUUGUUCAACCAUUUUCUAGUCAAUAAGUAAAUUUCAUCAAGAAUUUGUGGUUACUAAUCCAGACCUUACAGCACAACCCAAAGUAAAAACAUCUAGUAGGGCUAGAAAAAUAGAUCAAAUCGUUUGAAAAAUCGUGGACCAAACCAGACCGCAUAGUUUGGUCCGGACCGUACCCUGAAGAAUGGUUUGGUCUAGUCCAUGUUCUGUAUUAUAUGAAGUUUUGAACAUUUUGUAUGGUCUGGUUUAGACCACGGUUUACCAUACCAAAACGUGGAUCUAGCCGACUUUUCAAUACAUGUUAGUAUCCCACUCAACCACUCUCACAACUCCCCCAACUAGACUCAAGUCUCGACCUUAAUUUUGAGAAUCUCGUCCCCUCCUUCACCGACAACCACAUUUCAAUAGAGAAUAGUGACGAUCUUGUAUCUGUAUGACAUUAUUUUAAUGUUUGCAACGUUAUGAAGCGAGUUGGGAUUCUUCGACUUUGUAUCUUUGUUAUUUACUAAGAUUUAGGGAGUCAAAAUUAUUCAUGCAUGUUGGAUUUUAUGUUUUAAGGCAAAAAACAAUUUUUUUCCUCAGUUAUUGGUAACAAAGUGUUCAUUUUUUGUUCAAUGUGGUAUUCUGGACCAAACUGUACCGAACCAGACCGCACAUGCGUGAUCUAAUUUGGACUGUAUAGUAUGUAGUCUGAUCUCUAAUUUAUACUUUAAUCUCUCAGUCUGGACCAUAGACCGCCUAUAUGAUCUGAACCAGACCGCACCGUAGACAACACAGAUUAAGAGGGUUUCCCAAUAGAGGGUUGUUAUUUGUCGCCCGCUUCUUUACUAUUUGCCGCCCGCAUUUCAAAUCAAACUGACAUAUUUGCCCCUGCUAUUUGGUUACGUUCUAUUCUAACGAAAUUCUUUCACACUAAUCGACAUUAAUUCCAUCACCAUCGUCGAGGGAGAACCACCAUCACCGGAGCCACCCUGACGGACCACCACUGUCAUCAAACCAGCAAACCACACUAGCUGGCGAAUGAGAUAAGCUCCAUUUUUAUCCGGCGGCUUUUACUAAACAAAGACCCCACCCCGUCCGCUCACCGGCGUCGAACCCCGUCUGCUAGUGGACGGUAGAUGAACGAAGAGAUAGAGAAUGAAAGGAUGGAGAGAGAGUAUUCAACGGAAAAAAUUGGGAGUGGAAGAGAAAUUUGAGGGAGGUUAAUUGGAGAGAGAAAUAGAUUAAUAUUAAGAUUUAUUAUUAUAUUAAAUGAUAGUAGGAACAUGAUUCUGCCGUAGAAAUUUGAGGGAGGUUAAUUGGAGAGAGAAAUAGAUUAAUAUUAAAAUUUAUUAUUAUAUUAAAUGUUACUAUUUUAUAUCAAUUUAAGUUUUAUCAUUUAACUAGGAAAGAAGUUGUAGUGAUUAACUAUAAUUGUGUUUAUCACAAAAAAUUAUAAUUAUAUCAAAUUAGGUUGGUAGUGAUUAAAGAGGUAAGGAUUCUAUUACAAAAAAAGAGAUAAAUGGUGCUGGUGCACUUAAAAAAGCAUCGCCAUGAGAUAAGGGUUCUCUCCGAAAAUGCUCUGUAACGACCCCGGCGGAUCGAACUCUCCGACGAACCCAGCAAAUCGGCCUCUGUCCCAAGUCCCUCCUGUAGCGAGUCCUGCGAGCUUCCCUCCACUGAACUUCAAAUCAGCGCUUACUGGCCCUGUUCAAGAAGCUGCGUCGAAGAUCAAUCAAUGGACUUUUGUCGGCCAACACGACCUGGAACCUGGCCUAUACGGCGGCGAACCGGAACUUAAAGUGUCCGGCCAGUUCAAGGAACGGCUUUGCCAACCGUGGAGCAAAACCCUGGUGGUCAGACUCCUCGGACGAUCGGUUUCAUACAAGUAUCUGUGCUCCCAGCUCCGGUGGAAAUGGCGGCCGGUGGGUAGAUUGGAUAUAGUAGACCUCAACAACGAAACCUUCCUUGUCUCUUUUCACAACGAUCAAGACCUCCUCAAUUCUCUCACUGGUGGGCCCUGGACAAUCCUCGAUCACUAUCUCGUAGUCCACAAAUGGUCGCCCUCGUUCCGUACCUCAGACAAGCCGCAUAGGUCGGUAGUAGCUUGGGUUCAAUUACCUGAGCUUCCAGUACAUUUCUAUCACCGGGAGGUUCUCUUUGCUCUGGGGAACCUAAUUGGCCGGACUGUUAAACUUGACUACCAUACGGAGAAUCUGGAGCGGGGGAAAUUCGCUCGCAUCGCGGUGGAGCUGGACAUGACGAAGCCUCUGGCCACGCGCAUCCGCCUCGAUGGAUUCUGGCAACCGGUCCUAUAUGAAAACUUGCCGGAAAUCUGUUUUGACUGUGGCAGGAUUGGGCAUACUGAGGAGGCCUGUCCAAAGAAGGUGUGUGCGGCGAUCACUGCCUCAACGGCAACGCCUAGUGCUGAUACCCCCACCCCAAUGGUGAUGCCGGCACCGGAGCCGGCCGCCGGCUACGGCCCCUGGAUGCAAGUGACCCGGAAGAGCAAAAGACAGAAUAGGAAAGUGGCGCAGAAAACGGCCUCAGUUCAGGGAUCCGAUCCUAAUCAAGGUGCUAUUGAGGGAAAGAUGGCUGGAAAAGUUCCUCAAUCUGGGAAGGGAGAGCAAAAUAAAGCCUCUUCUGGAAAGAACGGGAAAGGAAAUAUUGCGCAGAAAAUAGAGGAAAGAAAGGGGAUUCCCAAUAACUCGAAGGGGAAAGGCAACGGUCCUUUGGGCGGCAAACCAGGAACGACAUCGCAGGAGUGGCGGAUUACUGGUGGUAAAGGCCCAUUGGGAACGGCCCAAACCCACACUGAAUCAAAGGCCUCUAACCAACAAGCUGGGACCAACCCAAUGUCGCAGCCCAUGACUCCGAACCCAAUCCCCAGCUCUCAUGUUUCCCCACAGACGAAGUCAAGUAUCCCGAUCCCCCUCCGCUUUCCAACGCCGACCAAAGAAAAUUCCGACCCCAACCUGCCGAGUGUCUCGAUCCGAGACCACUAUCCUAAGAAGAAGUCCCCGCAAGCACCAGGGAAGGAAGCUAAGAUGGGAAUACAAAAGGAUCCUUCCAAGAGAUUGAUGAAUUGCUCUUCUAGCUUGGCCAAAGAUAAGCUGCAGGAGUUUGUGAAAAAAGCAGGGCUGCUGCUUAACCCUCAAGCCAUUGAGGAUUUCAUGAUGAGCAACUCAAGGAAGCUAGAGGAAGCCCGGACGCCGCUGGGUGAGAUCAGAAGCGAUGCUACGAUGAUGGACCCAGAAUCUAGCACUUCUUUGACUUCCUGUGCUAGCGCCGACAGGCUGCAGCCAACCGACAACCCUUAGCGCUGCUGCGCCUCUCUUGACCCUCUCUUUUUUAUUUUUAAUGA